UGACUUAAAGAAACGCUUUUUGGGUCAAUGGAUGGGAACGACCCAUUUUAUAAUAUUGUUUGUAAAUUUUUCUGGAAGUAGAUGGAAAUGACCGAAGUACAUAUUUCCCCUGCUCACAGACAUUUGCAUUGCACCUAGCAAACACCAGUUUUUUUGUUUGAACAUCGAUCCACAUCAACGUUUAAUUCAAGAUAAAGAAAGGUAAUCGCAACACGACGGCGGCGACGUGGCGGUCAUUUAACGGAAAAUAACAGACAAAUCAGCCUCCAGAUCAAGUCUUGAAGCACAACUCUGAAAAAUCGAGACUACCUACAUCUGAGCUCCGACCAACCGCUGAUGGAGGCAAUCAGGAAGCUCAGAGAUCAGGUCGCCAAGCAACAGCAGACAUUUGCAUUGCACCUAGCAAACACCAGUUUUUUUGUUUGAACAUCGAUCCACAUCAAUGGCUCUUGUGAGAACAUCUCCAGGAACCUCCUCUGAUUCCAACACUUUUCGGAGUUCUCGCUACGACGUGUUCUUGAGCUUCAGAGGGGAAGAAACUCGCAAGACUUUUACCGACCACCUCUACACAGCCUUGAACAACGCAGGAUUUCUUACGUUCCGAGACGACGAUGAACUUGAGAGAGGAGAAGAUAUAAAGCCAGGACUGCAGAAAGCGAUCCAGCAGUCACGAACUUCUGUUGUCGUGUUUUCGAAAGAUUACGCGUCAUCCAGUUGGUGUCUUGAUGAGCUUGUGCUGAUCCUUGAACGCAAGAGGACCACCUCGGACCAUGUAGUUUUACCAGUCUUCUACGAUGUCGAUCCGUCCCACGUGAGGAAGCAGACAGGAAGUGUUGGAAAAGCAUUUGCUAGAAGCCAGAAAAAUCAGUCGCCGGAAAAGGUGCAGGGAUGGAGGAAGGCACUUGCAGAGAUUGCAGACCUAGCAGGCAUGGUCUUACAAAAUCAAGCUGAUGGGUACGAGUCAACGUUUAUCAAAAACAUUAUUAAAGUGAUAGGAGACAAGUUAAGUCGCACGCCAUUGAGUGUUGAACCAAAAUUGAUUGGAAUUCAAUCUCAAGCCGAACACAUCAAUUUGUGGUUCCAAGAUGGAUCAAGUGAUGUUGGUAUAUUUGUUGUGUAUGGCAUGUCUGGAAUCGGGAAGACAACCAUUGCAAAACAUGUUUACAAUUCAAACUUUGGAAGCUUUCAAGGAAGUAGUUUCAUUGAAAAUAUCAAGGAAACAGCAGAUCGACCAAAUGGCUUAGUUCAAAUACAAAUGCAACUUCUUUGUGAUAUUUUGAACGGCAGAGAAGUGAAAAUACACAGUGUUAGUGAGGGAAUAAUUAAGAUUGAAAGGGCCAUAAGCUCUAAAAGAGUUCUACUUGUUCUUGAUGAUGUUGACCAUAUGGACCAAUUAGAUGCAAUCCUAACGAUGAAAGAUCAGUUUUAUCCUGGAAGUAAGAUACUAAUAACAACUAGGUGUGAAAGGUUGUUAAAGGCAGAUCAAGUUACCGAGGUGCACAGAGUUCAAACUUUGGAUGACAAUGAAUCAUUAAAGCUUUUCAGUUGGCAUGCUUUUGGCCAGGACCAUCCCAUAGAAGAAUACAUGGAGCACUCAAAACAGCUAGUGCAACAUAGCGGCGGACUUCCAUUAGCUCUAAAAGUUUUGGGUUCUUCUUUAUCAGGAGGACGUAUAGGUGUAUGGGAAAGUGCAUUGGAGAAGCUAAAAGUUAUUCCUGAUGGUGAAAUCAUGAGUAAACUAAGAAUAAGCUAUGAAAGUUUAAAAGAUGACCAUGACCGGAAAUUAUUCCUCCACAUUGCUUGUUUCCUAAUAGGAAGGAACAAAAGUUACAUUGUUAGAAUAUUCGAUGGAUGUGAUUUCUAUACAAUCAUUGGCAUUCAAAAUCUCAUUGAUAGAUGCUUGGUGACACUUGAUGAAUACGGCAAGGUGAACAUGCAUGACUUGAUUCGUGCUAUGGGAAGAGAAAUUGUUCGCCAAGAAUCAGAAGAGCCUGAGAAACGUAGUAGAUUAUGGCGCCAUAAGGAUUCUUUCCAAGUAUUGAGGAAAAAGAAUGGUACAAAAAAAAUCCAAGGUCUUUUCCUGGAUAUGCGUAACCAUCCUGCAAACAAUCCAAUAAACACAAAUGAGAUAGUCUUGGAAACCAAUGCAUUUGCAAGGAUGCGCAAUUUACAACUACUCCAUCUUAGUCAUGUACGAUUGGAUGGAUGUUAUGUAGAUUUCCCUACAGGAUUAAGAUGGUUGUGUUGGCUUGAAUUUCCUUUGGAUUCUAUACCAAUUGAUUUUCCUUUGGAGAACGUAAUUGUUCUUGAAAUGCAAUACAGUAGCUUGAGACAAGUAUGCAAAGGAACAAAAUUUCUUCCAUCGUUGAAGAUCCUUGACGUCAGCCAUUCUCAUGGCCUUAGUGAAACCAUUGACUUCUCACUUUCCCCCAAUCUAGAGGAACUGAUUCUUGUAGAUUGCACAAGCCUGAAGAAUGUUCAUGAAUCCAUUGGAAACCUGGAGAGACUCGUGUACUUGAAUUUGAAGGAUUGCAAGAAUCUUAGGAUGCUUCCGAAGAACAUGUGCAUGCUUAAAUCACUUGAAACACUCAUUUUAUCUGGUUGCUUAAAUCUUGAUGAGUUUCCAGUGGAGAUGAUGAAGAAGUUGGAGUCUCUGAAAGUUCUUGAGACGGAUGGAAUUCCAAUAGGUGAAUUGUGGCCAAAAAGAAGUUCAACUAUCUUGAGUUCUUUUCCGUGCUCUUUGGUAGAGUUAAGUCUGAAGGGGUGCAAUCUUUCUGAUGAUGUCUUUUCUACGGAUUUAAGUGCUCUAUCCUACUUGCGAAGACUACAUUUGGAUGCGAAUCCAAUUUGCAGUCUGCCAGUUUUCAUCAAAGGUUUGAGGAGGAUCGAUGAACUCUCUUUCAAGGGUUGUGAUAGGCUCGAAUCGUUUGUGGGGUUGCCGGAAGUACACCAAAGGCUAAGUAUAAAAGAAUGCAUAUCAUUAAAAAAAAUAACUUUUCAUUCCCCUGGGCAACAUUAUCUAACACGUGUAUUUUGCAAUGAGAACCGGAAUCUUGUUGAGUGUGAGUGCUAUUACAAGUUAGAGCCUAUUGAUAGAGUUGAUGUGGAAAUGAUCAAACUUUUGGGCUUGUGCAACUUGGAAUCCAUGCCAGCUGUUCGAAUGCGUCAUCCACUCACAAACAGGGAUCCAAAAGAGGUCCCCGUCCAGGGACUGUAUCAACAUGGUAUAUUCAGCACCUUUUUUGUUGGGAAUGAGGUUCCAGGCCUGUUCAGCUAUAAAAGUACCAAGUCUUCGAUAUCUUUUAUUGUCCCUUUACUACUUGCUAGUCACAGAAUUCGAGGCUUGAACAUCUUUGCUACCUAUGCAAAGGAAAAUUCAAAUAAUUAUUCUACUAGAAGUGUUAUUAGUCCAAUAAUGAUCAAAGUGAGAAACAAGAGUAAGGGUCUGAAGUGGAUCUAUAACCCAGAGUUCUACGGAAUUCCAAGUGACGUAGAAGAUAUGAUAUGGUUGAGCCAUUGGAAGAUGGAGAAUAAAACAAUAUUACAAUGUGGAGAUGAAGUGGUGGUUUCGGUAAUAACCGGACCACGUGACAUGUUUUGGGUAAAGGAGUUUGGUGUCGAGCUUGUGCAAGAGCACCAAGACAAGAUGAGUACCCAACACAACACCAAAUCCGAUCCUAAUUAUCCAUUUGUUAUCGGUGGAGAUUUGAAGAUGUUUGAGCGCAGACCGGGAAUAUACUUCCUUGGCGAUUAUGUUAUAGAAGAUAUUGAUGACAUUGAUAUCCUCACCAUGGACUCUGAUGAAGAAGACACAAACAAAGAAGGGCAAGAGGAUGAAUCUGAUUACACAAUUGCAAAGACGAGGGCUGCUAGCAAUAACUGCAGCCUGAGAGGCUGGAAGGUGCGCCUCACAACUGUCGGCUUCUUUUUUGCGCUUGCUCUAGUAGGUUGGUCCUCCAUCUCCCAAAAAAAGAAGCGACACUCGUCCACAAGCGCAACAUGAGUUUGUAAUUUGACUUCAAAUGUGCUUGCUCUAGUAGCUAAGCACUCUUAACCGCUUGAGAUAUAAAAGCCCAUUGCAACUAGAUACUGAACUUCAAAUGUGUUCAACGCCAUCAAAUAUAGCAUAAAAUACAUCCAGCAUUAGGUUCCAAGCCCACUAUUGAAAAUCAUGUUCAUCCACUCUACACAUCCAUAGCAGCAAACUAACUAGGAUACCAGGUGGGGAGGAUACAAUCAUUAACAAUUUCAAAAGCUUUAAAUGCAAUCCGAAUACAUGGCAAGUAGGGGUAAGCAUGUGAACAGAAAAUCAGUGAACAUAAUCAAAUCCAAUAAGUCAAUUUUGGCCUAGAUUGAAAUGAAAAAAACAAGGAAAUGCUUUGUGUAUCGAUUUGUUUAUGAAGGAAAUAAAAGCUAUUUCAUGGAAAUAAAACCUGUGGUUACCUUUGUCUUC